AUGCAAAGCGCCAGGGAAGCGCCACGCUACGGUUUGGCUUCGAAGGAGGAAGGAAGGCGUUUUUGGUUUAACUGGGAGCGUUUUGGAUCUCCGUCAAUGUUUAACAAUACCCAUCUACCUAAACUACCUAGUCUAAGUGCGUUAUACAGCCAGAGAGUACCGAAUACUCUCUUACAGAGGCUUUCUUUCUCAGGCCAAGCACUCCCUUUCCGUCCUCCCCAAGUUUCCAAGCUCCAGAAAACAUGGAAAGCGCAAGUGACCGACGCCAUAAAUGCUACAGCGGCAGCCGAGAAGAAGCGGUUGGCUGCUGAGACAGUUUCUUUCUGA